UCAAAACAUUUUUAUGCUAAGGAUGUAUUAAAGCAGGAAAAUUCCUUUAAUCUCUCCCCCUUUUUCAUUCUCUUUCUCACUGCCAGGAGAAAUGUUAAGAUGUCUGCAGUGUGUCAGUAUUCCCUCAGAGAUGUCCAGACAGCUUUUGAUGGGCCUUACAUGGAACUACAGGACACCAAAUGGAGGGAGUACACUGGGAAAGUUCCAGAACCGAGGCCUGGUUUGUGUAUAACUGAUCAGCAUCGUGCCCAGCUCAUAAAUUCCUCCCGGGAUCUCCCUGACAACGUAUUGAAUUUCGCCCGGACACAUGCUUUAAUGUCCAGACAGAUCCAGCCAGUGGGAGGACGUCCUGUGUUGCUCCAGAGGAGCGCGGACUACACCAAGAUCGCCGUAAAACAGGUUGUGGGUUUGGAUGGACAUGUCUAUGACAUGCUCUUCAUUGGAACAGAUGAGGGCUGGUUACACAGGGCUGUAAAGAUCAGAAACCGUGUUCACAUCAUUGAGGAGCUUCAGCUGUUCAAGAAGAAACAACCAAUCAAUAACAUGGUGAUAUCACAAAAGCAGAACAGUAUCUAUGUGAGCGCCUCCACCGGAGUGGUGCAAGUACCCCUGUCAUCCUGUGAGCGCUACACCUCCUGUUAUGACUGUGUGUUUGCACGAGAUCCACUCUGCGGCUGGGAUGGUAGAGCAUGUGCUGAAAUAGCAGCUUACGCUAACAGAUACAGUCUCGUCCAGGACAUCCAGAUGGGAAGCAGAGGCUGUACUAAUAUUACAAGUGAUGGUUUUGUCAUGCACCGGACACGUGCAGUGAUGGCAGGAGAUGAUGUUCUGUUACAGUGUGAGAUUCGUUCUAACCUGGCCACCCCUCACUGGACGCUGAACGGUCAGCAGCUGCAAGGUUACGGCGUAGACUUCGGCUACCGCACCGGCACUGAUGGCCUCCUCAUCAUUGGAACUCAGAACCAGCAAAGUGGACACUACCGCUGUUACGCAGUAGAGAACGGUGUCUGGGUUCCCGUUCGCAGCUACGUGGUACGGGUCCAACCUGUUCCACCUCCUGCAUCACAUCUCUCGGGAAGCCCAACGGCUUUACCUGAAAGUUUCUUCACCACCACAACCGCACCAACUCCGAGUCCUUCCAGCGGUCCUGUCGAGCAGCUUCUGUCGCCCCCACCGGGCCUGUUGCCUUCUAGACCAGAGUUCCAAAACUACAGGCACAUGGAGGCUAUGUAUAUCUCUCUGGUGGCUGUUCUUGGCGGGCUUUGUCUGGUUCUAAUGGUGGUCCUCCUGUACGUUAGCUUCUGUGCACGCAACUCUCCCAAUGCCAGAAAGUACUCCCAGCAAGCUCUGUCUGUAACCACGGCAGCCGAAAGAAAGAGGAGCUCGCUCUUUGAGCUUAAAACCAUCUCCAGUCACUGCAAUGGCAGAACGGAGGGGCGUAGCAGAGCGAUGUCAAGAGACGGAGAGUUUCUACAGAUCGUUCCAGCGGACAUCCAGACCACGCCUAGCAAGGAACCUCCGCCUGCGCCGCCACUUCCUCUGCCUCCGCCCCUGCCUGCAUCGGAGUAUGCCAACGGACUGUCGGCCACAUUGCCCAGUGUGCUAAGAAAGAUGAACAGGAAUAGCUAUGUGCUCCUGAGCCAGACGGACACGGAAAUUAUGUCUCCGCUUUACCACUCCUUCACCGAGGAGCUCAACAGGAUUCUAGAAAAGAGGAAACACACACAGUUGGACAUCCAGCCAGAUGAGAGCUCAGUGUAGCACGAUCUCGCAUCACUACUAUAUCGCACCCUUGUGGUAUGGAGGCUUACAUUUUGUAUAAGAGCCAAAAGAAACAUGUCUUUUGAAGUUCUUCAUGGUUUCUCUUUGAGAACUUUGAGAAUCAUCUCAUGAAAAUAUAUUCUUGAAAAUAUUUCUGAGUUUGGCCGAAUUUACUUUGAAUUGAAUAGACAUCAAAUGUAGCUAAAGACACCUAGACUGUGGACCUCGAAGUGUAAAAAUCACAAGAUGAUAUUCAGUCAAGAACACGCAAGACUCAAUUUGGUUAUAUUGUUUUGUUUUAAAGGAGAAGUAAGAGACUUAAGAACACUGUCCAAAGACUUUCUCAGCAAAGAAAUGCACAUUUGUACAAAAUCAAUGUGAUAUUAUUGCUCAAAUGCAGACGUUUACAGAUUUUUUGUUUUUGCCUAAUUGCACCUGAUUUAAAUAACAAUCAUUUUAUUAUCAAAGUACUAAUAGUCAGAGCAUUUUCAAAACUUCUUUGCUAGUUCAUUAAUAAUUCAAAAAGAGUUUGGGUUUUGAGCCUGUUGGCAACAUUUCAUGAAUGUGAGAGCACAUGUUCUUGAGAUUUGGGCAUUUUACACAGUUUCACACUAGAUUGGAGUCAGAUUACAGGAGCAGCGAGUGUUAGCACAUGCAUCAUUGACAUCUAUACAGAUACAGAGGUGGUCAUUUUCAGAGUUAGGGAUGUCAGAAGGAGUGAAUAGAUCUCAAAAUGGAAGAAACACUCUCUCUGAUGCAAGAUUUCCCUGUCAAAUGAGAUGCUCACAAACGGAAGUAAAAGCCAAAAUGCCAGGACGUUUGAAGUUUGAUGAGUUUGCAUUUAGUUUAUUUUCUGCAUUUUGAAUGCAUGACAAUGCACCUGGUUAAUUGACUUUUAAACCUCAGGCAUAAAUGUAUUUCUAUCAGGGCUGUCAGUUUAUUAUUGUAAUUUAAUUAAAUUAGUUUUUUAAAAAUCUGACGCACUACAGUUCAAA